AUGAAGAUGUGUUAUUUACUGUACAGCCUCCUGCCAGCCCUGAUGAUGCUGAGCAGCAGCCCGGCUAUAGUCAAUGGAUGUGAAUUUCACCAAUCAAUUUGUGGCGCCAAAGCCCCGGGGGAUAUAAUAAUUGGCAUAAUGUUGCCAUGUCAUCGCAAAGUGAAGGCUCUUAAUGACCGGAUUAGACCUGACAGCUUUCAAUGCUCAAAUUUUGAUCUGUUGGCAUUUAUGAAAUCAUUGGCUGCAAUUCACGUGAUUGAGGAGAUAAAUGCAGCUGGCUUCCUCCCAGGAGUGCGCCUUGGAUAUAUGGUGUGUGACACCUGCUCAUACGCAAGCAAAGCAUUGCAGAAUGUGGAGCACAUGUUCGCAUUCAACGCCACUCAAAAUCUGCAGUGCAACCACACUGACUUCAGGCCCCAAGUCAAGAUCAUUUUAGGAGCUAUGUACUCUGAGGUGUCUAUCGCGGUGGCCAGACUGCUCAAUGUGUACAUGGUCCCUCUGCUGAGUGCUUCAUCAUCUUCACCAGAUCUUAAUGAUAAGCUGCGUUUCCCAGUUUUUCUGCGUACUAUUCCCAGUGACACACAUCAAACCAAAGCAGUGGCCAAACUGAUGGCUCACUACGGCUGGGACUGGGUCGGGGUUGUGUACGGAGAUGACGAAUAUGGCAAAGCAGCUUUCCAGAGCUUUGUCAAGGAUGCUGGCGAAAAUCACGUGUGCUUGGCCUACCAGGAAGUGUUGCCUCAUCAUAGUGAUUAUGAGGGCACCAUGCAACGCAUCAAGCAGGUCGCUCAACAGAUCCGCUUCUCCAAUGCUCAGGUGGUACUGCUCAUCCUCAAGGGAGAACUGGUGGAGCUCCUCUUUAAGGAAAUGAUUCGGACCAACACAUCAAGGACCUGGAUUGCAAGUGACGCCUGGUCCAGGAGCAGGUCCCUUGGCCAUCUGGAUGGCAUCAACACAAUUGGUGACAUCUUGGGCUUUUCCUUUGUUGCAGUGAAGAGUGAAUCAUUUGAUAAUUAUCUCAAGAAUCUUAAACCAACCCUGGGAGGAUACAACCACUUCAUUGAAGAAUACAAAAACCUGAGAUUUAACUGCUCUUCAGAAUGUUUCUCAACCAACCCUCCAUCUUAUUGUCCAACACAUGAUCUCCUGACAAUGAAAUCUGAUAAAGCAUGCCAUACCAUGGACCCCCUAGAACAAAAUGAUGACUUUCUCACUAAGGCUUUGGAUACAAGUGAAACCUUCAGUGACAGAUUAGCAGUGUGGGCCACAGCUAAUGCUCUCAAAACACUAUUGAAGUGCAACAGUUCCUCAUGCUUGGGAGAAAUUAACUUCCCACCAUGGAAGCUUCUCAAAGAACUGAAGAUGGUUAACUUCACGUAUGAAGGCCAGACUUAUUUCUUUGACAAAAAAGGCAAUUUUGUCAAUGGUUAUGAUCUGAUAGUGUGGACACAGGAUGGAGACCACAGAAACCUUCAUAGGAUUGGGAGAUACCAUGCUCUUGAUGAACAGAUAGAACUUGAUGAGGAAAAUGUUGCCUGGCUCUCAACAGUCAAUUCCACGACCCCUCAGUCUAGAUGUUCAGAGAGCUGCCCCCCUGGCUCUGUCAAGAAGAUCUUGAAUGUGUCCUGCUGUUACAACUGCACCCUUUGUAGAGAAGGAACCUUUUCAGAUGCCCCAGAUCUUAUUGCCUGCAAAAAAUGUCCCAAUGGAACUUGGUCGCUCAGGGGUUGGAGCGGAUGUAAGCCAAGAACAGAGUCCUACCUUCGGUGGAGUGACCCUCACCCCAUGGCCAUGGUGACAGCCGCAGCCUUUGGUAUUGUGGUCUUGAUAGCUACCCUCAUUAUCUUUUUGGUGUACAGAGAUUCCCCACCAAUGAAAAGAGCUGAGGUGAGACUGUCCUGUGUGAUGAUGUUAGGUCUGGCGGUUAGCUUCUCAAGCGUGAUAUGCUUCAUUGACAAGCCCAGUGUACACCUGUGCCGGGCCCGCCAGCUCAUGUAUGCCAUGGGCUUCACACUGUGUGUGUCCUGCAUACUGGUCAAGGCCUUACGUACCUUCCUAGCUUUCCUUCCCUUUGGUCAACUUAGACAUAGGAGACUGCACAGACUUUACAAACCACCUGCCAUUAUAAUCGUCAUUACUAUUCUCCAGGGAAUCAUCUGUCUUCUGUGGCUGAUCUUUGAUUCUCCUCAAAUCGAUAACACACCUCCGUCACUACAAAGCAUGAAAAAAGUAAUCCAGUGUUGUCAAGGUAGCACAUACAUAGGUUUUGGCAUCAUGUUAAGCUACAUAGCUCUGCUAGCAUUUAUCAGCUUCCUCUUGGCCUUUAAAGGCAGGAAGGUUCCUCAGGAGUUCAGUGAAACAGGCUACAUCAUAUUUAGCAUGCUAAUAUACUUGUUUGUAUGGAUAUGUUUCAUCCCAGUCUACAUUACCAACAGAGAACAGAGCGCUCCUGUGCAGGCUUCAGUCAUUCUAGUAUCCUGCUAUGGCAUCCUCUUCUGCCAUUUCCUACCCAAGUGCCACGAAGCACUGUGGGGGUCAAAAACCGAUACACUGGAGAUGAUUAUUAGGAGAGCCACUGCCAGUGUCAUCAAGAAGUUUAAAGAGCAUGGCACUGUGGCUAACCUCCCCAGAUCUGGACGGAAAAGGAAAAUCGAUGACGGAUUUCAGCGAAAGAUUGUGCAGAUGGUGGAAAAAAAUCCUAGACUAACAUCCAAACAAGUUCAGGCUGCCCUGCAGUCCGAGGGUACAACAGUAUCAACCCGUACUAUCCGCCGGCGUCUGAAUGAAAAAGGACUCUAUGGUAGAAGACCCAGGAAAACCCCAUUUCUGACCCAGAGACACAAAAAAGCCAGGCUGGAGUUUGCCAAAACCUACCUGAGAAAGCCAAAAACAUUUUGGAAGAAUGUUCUCUGGUCAGAUGAGACAAAGGUAGAGCUUUUUGGGAAAGGGCAUCAACACAGAGUUUUCAGGAAAAAAAAUGAGGCCUUCAAAGAGAAGAACACGGUCCCUACAGUCAAACAUGGUGGAGGUUCUCUGAUGUUUUGGGGUUGCUUUGCUGCCUCUGGCACUGGACUGCUUGACCGUGUGCAUGGAAUUAUGAAGUCAGAAGACUAUCAACAGAUUUUGCAGCAUAAUGUAGGGCCCAGUGUGAGAAAGCUGGGUCUCCCUCAGAGGUCAUGGGUCUUCCAGCAGGAUAAUGACCCUAAGCACACUUCAAAAAGCACUAGAAAAUGGUUUGAGAGAAAGCACUGGAGACUUCUAAAGUGGCCAGCAAUGAGUCCAGACCUGAAUCCCAUAGAAAACCUGUGGAGAGAGCUCAAAAUGGCAGUUUGGAAAAGGCACCCUUCAAAUCUCAGGGACCUGGAGCAGUUUGCCAAAGAAGAGUGGUCUAAAAUUCCAGCAGAGCGUUGUAAGAAACUCACUGAUGGUUACCGGAAGCGGUUGUUCGCAGUUAUUUUGUCUAAAGGUUGUGCUACCAAGUAUUAG